UGGGCUCGGUCUCGGCGAGGGAGGUCGGCAGCGCUGGCGGCAGCAUGCUCGGCGUCGUGCACUUCCUGCGCGGCUUCUUCAAGAUUCCAGAGACAGCCACGCCCCUGCCAGGUGAAGGUGCCUCAGAAGACAACCUGAUUCCCUCUUCCCCUGCAGACCCAGAGGAGCACGGAUGGAGCCUGGAAACAGACCACGAUGACUUGGAGACCCUGUCCCACCACAGUGAAAGUCAAUCAGACACAAAAAACGACCUCUUUGACACUGCGUCUGACACAGGGUCCCUGGCCAGUGACAUCACUGGAGCAGGCUGCUGCCCUCCAAGAGAUUCCUCCAUAGAUGGAGAAGCAAGUUGGGGUUGGCCUAGUGUUCCCACAGAUAGACCAUCCCAGGACCCACAUUUGCCCUGUGUCCCUGGACUUGAUUCGGAGAAAGAUCAAAAUUUGUCCCUUCGCUUUGAGGAAGAGUCUCACAAAAAUGAGGUGUACACCUUUGCUGCAGUUGCUGGGGACUGUGUGACCAGGCAGGAGCCAGGCUGUGUGCUAGCUGGGUGCUCCUCAGAGAGUACCUCUGGCAGGCAUAGUCCCCAAACUGAGAAGAGGGUGACUGUUGGAGACCUCAGGGGACUUCGUGUGGCUUCUCUUCAGAAGUCCAGGUCUGAGAGCUAUCUGCACAUUCCCGUGGCCUGGCCCUUCCUCCUCCACUGCUGUGAACUAAGUCAGAGCUGGCUGAAUGCCCACAACCAGGCCAGGCCACCAAGGCAACCUUGCACAGGCUGGCUGGACCACACAGACCCCUUGCAGACCAGAACCAAGGCAGGAAGCAGCCCAGUCCCUGAAGUGGACGCAGACUCACUCUGGGCGCAGAGCUGCUUGGGGGCCUCUUGCCAGCCUCCUCUGGGUGUCUCUUGCCUUUUACUUGCCAGACAUCACCACAGCACCCCAGAAGAUAUUGGUGAUCCUCGCAGGGCGUCCCCAGGGCAUUACUGCCAAGACAGGAGGACACAGACCAGGGCCCGCUCUAAGAACUGUGCAGAGUUUGGGACUCUGUUAAAGGAAAGGACAGAAACUGAAAAACACUCGCAAGCACAGAGCACACUUUCCCCAGCACCCACCCCGCUGUUCCAUUUGCUCUGUGCUUCGCAAAGCAGGUCGCCUUCACAGGCUCAGUACAGAUCCAGUGGGUGUAGCUCAAGAAGGGCUUCUCAGGAAAACCGGCCCAGACAGGAUUCUAGAACAUGCCCAGCUGUUUCAUGCCUGACUUCAGACCUGGCGAGGGUGGGAAGUCCAGGGGCAGUGCCCAGGCCUGCUGAGCACAGGCCGGAACACAGCCCAGGAAGCAGGCCCCCUGAGCCCCAGGGUGCGGGCCCGACCCUGUCCCCUGCUGACGCUAGCAGUGAACAAAGUCUCCUGCAGGAAGCUGCUGUGGAGUCAGGAAGCCACACCAGUAAUUACACAGUAAAGCCUGCGCCAGGUGCGAGAGGCAAGCCGCACACGAGGGCCGACUUCCCAGGUCACUGUGAUGGUGGUGGGGCCCAGGUAUGGAGCAGAAAUGGGCCAGGCUGCCAGGAAGUGGGUGACGGCGCAGAUGUCCCAGAGACUAACCCUGCAUUCAGGUCAGCAGACACUGUGAAGAAGGCUGAAGAGGCCAUGGUGCUAGACCUCGGGUGCAGGAACAAUGCUGAGCAGGAUCCUUCCGAAUUCCCAGCAACCGCUGAGUCUCACUGCACCCCUGGGGAGGAGGCAUGUGGGAAAGAGCCUGGGGACGGUCCCGGGCCGUGCAGCACAGGCCUGCGGCUGGAGCCCAAAGCAGGUGUGGCUCCCCGGGGCAGGCGCACGCUGCUCAUUGGAGCCAUGGAGCAGAAAGGCCUGCAGGUGGCCGGGAAGAGAGUGUGUGCACUUCUAGAGUCACAGACCAGUAGUUUUCCACAGGAAAACCCGGCGUCUCCCGGAAGCCCUGGCGCUGCCCCAUGUCAGUUCCCCAGAGCCAGGAACACAUCAGCUUGUGGAAGGGGUUCUGCGCCACCCUUAGGAGCUGCACUAGCAGAGGACAAGGGGGCUCUUCAGUUGGUGGCCCCGAGCACGGAGGCUGGGGGACUUCUGAUUCCCCGAGCAGCUUCAGAGGCUCUGAACCCAGAGGAGCCCCCAGAAGAGGUGCGACCCGGGGAACGCCCCGUGCCCAGGUCCGAGGGCGCACAGCAGGCUGAGGGCCCGCACUCUUCUGGGAGUCCAGGCGGGACCUCAGGGCGCUGCACCACAGAUUCUCUGAUGCCUGGGGAGCUCCACGCAGCAUGUCCCCGGGCCGCAGCAGGCUGGAAUGGGACACCCCCGUGCGGGCACAGGAGCACUGCCCCCGGGACAGCACCUGAGGGUGCAAAGGAAGGGGCUGCUGGGCUCAUGGAAGGUGGGCCGGUGGGGACACCAGGAGAGCUCGGAAUCACAGCCCCAUCCUCAGCAAGCUGCAGCGCCAGGAGACCCAAGGUGCCCGAGAGGACGCUGUGGGCCAGGCUGGCCUUGGCCCAGAAGACCUUCGCGAAUCUCUUUGAGUUGAAGGCUGUAGAGAAAGAGGACUCCGCUGACAACUCGCAGGACUUGGUCAAGGCCGAGAAGAAGAGCAGGCUGCGCCAGAGCCCCUGGCGUGCACUUCGGAAAAACAAAGAUGUGGGAGGCCCCCAACGGCCCUCAUCUGUGAGUCCCCUUGGUCCCAGAGCAGCCACGAACAGGGGUGGCUGCGAGGAGUGUGCUGAGGAGGAGGAGAGUGGAAUGCUCUGUGAUCACUGGAGGCCACCGCACUGUCCUGCACCUCUGUCACCCAGCAGCUUGGUGUCUCCAGAACCCAGGAGGAAAAGUGAACCCACCAUCAAAUGCACAGCCCCCCAGGAAGGGGGUGGUUCCCUCCCUUGCAGCAUCUUCCCUGAGAAGUCCUGGCUGCAGGCCCCCAACAGCCCCGGGACCCAGCAGGCAGGCAUCUGCUGCCCUCUGCCCUGCACCUCCACCUGCUGCUUGGCCUGUGGACACCAAGGUAUGCCCUGCAGACCACUGAGCCCCAAGCCCCACAGUCCCCGGUCUGCUGCUCAGCUGACCAAUCUCAGCUACACAGGCAGGACUAGUGCCAUCUCCAUGGUCUCUCUGGGAAGCUACAGUGAAGCAGACAACUGUUUGGAGGGGUCAGGAAGGCCCAAGACUACCAAGGCCCGGGCAAGCCUCCUGCUCUCUCUGCAAACACUAAACCAGGACAACCAGAAGGCGGAGAGCAGAGGCAGCCAGUGCCACCGUGGACCAAGCACAGCGCCCUCACUCAGGGACAUCCCAGGGUAUAAGGACCAGGUGCCCUGGGAGGAACCGCCAGGUGAGAAGCCCAGUUGCUCCCAUGAGGAUGUCCCCAGAGAGGCCCCUUCACAGCCCAGGAGGGUCAGUAUGGAUGACCUGCAGCUGGAGAAGAUGCAGAGAAAGACACGAGCAAAGCAGGUGCAGGUCUGGGAGAAGAUGUGUUUGGAGAGAGCAUGCGGGGAUGCAGUGCAGGGCCGCAGGAAGAUGAGUGUCGCCUCUCCAGAGUCUCUGCAUCUCCCAAGAAGAAGCUGCGCACUGUCCCAGAGUGCUCCCACAGGACUGAACCAUGCGGGCAGGCCGGAGCGCACAACUGAUGCUGAGGUAAUGCGAGGCUGGCCGGAGCUGCUGCCCUCUGUCUGCGACUCGGUGCUCAGCACAAAGCCCGGCAUCGGCCCUGUGGAGCGGGCAGGGCCAGCAGCGACCUGGGAGUUCAGCAUGUCCAUCGUGUGCCUGCCACCUCCACACUGCUGGAGCUUAGGAGGUGUCUGCCGGCUUUGCCCGGGAACUUUCCUGCUGCCCUUUAGCCUGUGGCUGGAGCUGGGCGCCCCCUGCGCACGGGCGCAGCAGUGCCCCAGCGAGUCGAGCGGGCGCGCGAGCGGCGAGCUGGGCACCAGCAGCAGCGGCAGCAGCAGCGCAGGGCUGUCGCCUGGCUCGGACUCCGACAGCAGCGGCGUGGUGUGCGGCGGCCGCGGGGGCAUGCGCGGCGCCCUGUCCCGCGCCUGGAGCCUGGAGAGCCUGCGCUCGGCCUCCGCUGGAAAUGUGUACUAG